AUGUUGUACAGUCGCCGAAAGCACCGACCAUUGGUGGAGGAACGCCCAACACAGGACAAGUAUGAUCGCUUUGAAGAAUGGUUGCGGCAGAAUGGAGCACAAUUUGAAUAUUUGGAAUUGCGGGAAUACGAUUCACCCACGGCAACGGAAAACGAAGAAGAGAAAAAGGAACAACCACCGACGCUCAACAAAUCGGGCGACGAAGAAUCGGAAAUACGAGGAGUCCAUGCCAAGACACAUUUGCCACCCCACACUGUUUGUAUGGCCAUUCCACGGCGUUGUCUGAUCACGGUCGAAAUGGGUCAAGAAACUCCCAUUGGACAAGCUAUUUUGAGAUCGGAAUUGGAUUUGGAUGCUCCCAAACACAUAUUUCUAAUGGUCUACUUGCUCUGGGAUCGGAAGGUCAAUGGCGAAAAAUCGUUCUAUCAUCCGUACUACGAAAUUCUUCCGCCAACACUCCGCAAUAUGCCCAUCUUUUGGAAUGCGGAGGAAUUGGAAUAUCUCAAAGGAUCCUAUUUGCUUCAACAGAUUGAGGACCGGAACGAGGCCAUUGCCGAAGAUUAUCAUGCCAUUUGCCAAAUUGCUCCGCUGGCCCAAAUAUGCACCCUCGAUGAAUUCAAAUGGGCCCGCAUGUGCGUUUGUUCCAGAAACUUUGGAUUGCAAAUUGAUGGUCACCGGACUUCGGCCUUGGUUCCGCAAGCGGAUAUGCUCAAUCACUUUCGACCGAGAGAAACCAAAUGGACCUUUGACGAAGAUCGCCAAGCAUUUACCAUUACCACCCUACAACCCAUUCCUGCUGGAUCACAAGUCUACGAUUCCUAUGGUCAAAAGUGCAAUCACCGAUUCCUACUGAAUUAUGGAUUUGCGGUGGAAGACAAUCGCGAGUUGGAUGGAUUUUGUCCCAAUGAGGUUCCUCUGGAACUAGCAUUGGAUACAGAGGAUCCAACUUAUGCACAACGAUUGGACUUUUGGAUGAGAGGAGAAGCCGGUUAUUCUCAUUUGCAGGUACCUCCUCCACAUCACUCGUCCUCCUCUUCCUCCUUUUAUCCUACUCCACCCCAUGCUACUAGUAGUAUGAUGGCUCCUGGUGCCUCGUUGUCGCAACAACAACAGCAGCAGCACCCUUACAAGCAAUCUCCAAGCUACACAAAACGAGUACGCAUUUGUGUUUCCAACAAUGAAAACACAAGGCUGCUGUUCAGUCUGCUGCGAGCAAUGACCUGCAGUGCGGAAGAACUCCAAGCCAUUACUUCUCCAGUCAACAGUGAAAUGCGGUCACUCUUUCUGGGAGAUAGUUCCAGAAGCUCUUCUGGAUAUUACCGCAGUUGUCGUGACAUUCGACACCCUCUAAGUCUCACGAACGAACGAGCGGUGAUGCGCAAGCUGUUGCACAUAAUAUCGCAAGCGCUUGCCGGUUACGCAACGUCGUUGAGUCAAGAUCGCAAAGAUCUUUUGGACCAGCGAAUGUAUCCUCCCUAUUCCAAUGUGCGCCAUGGGAAGAUCCAAGUCCGCGGAGAAAAGGAAGUCUUGCACCAUUUUGCGAGGUGGGCGCGAACUGCAAUUCAAGUCAUUGACGUUAUUGAACAAGAUUUGAAGGAAGAACAACAACGAGGAGUGGAGGUUCAAUUGGGAAGAGGCAUUGUCGCGGAUGAUUCGUCAAGAAGCUGUGGAUAUGACUACAUUAUACGGCGAAUGGAAGAAGACGAGGAUGGUGUACAUCAUACAAUUUUGCGAUACUGUGCAGAUGUCCUUGGGAGCGUUCGACGGGAGGCCUUUAAGAGUAUGCGAAAAAAACGGGGAAUAAUAUCUGCGGCAACGAAACGAGGAGAGAGCUAUAUCUUUUAA